AUGAUCUGCUCAAUUUCCGGCCAACAAGCAUCGGAUCCGGUAAUUUCCCCGAAGAGCGGGGCUAUUUUCGAUAGGAAACACAUUGAAAGCUACAUUUCUACAGCUGGAACAGAUCCUAUCAGCGACCAGCCUUUGACUGUAGAGGAGCUAAUUGCAGUGAAAACUUCAGUAUCGGAAGUGAUUCCACCUCGUAUCUCAUCAGCAACAUCAAUUCCAGCGCUCUUGUCGACUUUCCAAAACGAAUGGGAUGCAUUGGCGUUGGAAGUUUUCACUUUGAGAAAGCAGUUAUACAAGGCUAGAGAAGAACUAAGUGCCGCCUUAUAUCACCACGAUGCGGCUGUACGUGUGGCAGCCAAUGCCAUUCGCGAGAGAGAUGAAGCCAAGGCUGCACUUCAAGAAUUGGCAAUUUCAAUUGGAAAACUGGAGGUUGGAGAAACUGCUGAGGCUGUGAAUAACUCAGAAAAUGGCAAUGGCAAAGCCAUUGCUGGCUCCAUAGAUGAAAUACCAGCAGAAGAGAUCAACCAGGCACGUGAAGUUUUAUUCUCAUUGCACAAGAGUCAGAAGCCAGUAUUUGAUAUUGCUCCAGACGCCCAAAUUAGCGUCGAAUUUAUAGAGAAGAAGGGCCAGCCGUUCAAGAAAAGUACAGCUUCAUUCUUAGAUUCGGAAACAAAGCUGCUUCUUGUAGGUACAUCAACAGGACAAUUGGCGAAAUUUGCCUUUGCGGGAGAAGGUGAUGAUAUUCUUACAAAAUCCACAGCUUCAAAGGGGACUAUUACAGCUGUGAACUUUGUUUUGGUGGAAAGCGAACCAUUACCCAUAAUAGCAUAUAAGAAUAAAAUCAUAAUUGGCCAAAAUAAGAGGACGUUUAAAAACAACCACAGCGGGGCCAUCUUGCAGAUUUUAGUACACCCUAAGUUAACUAACUUGUUCAUAACCUUGGGAGAAGAUAAUGUGUGGGCCUUGCAUGAUUCAAUCAGAGAGCAAUCAUUAUUGUACCAAUCCCCAAUGUCGGACAGCAACAUAAGGACAGGAGAUUUCCAUCCAGAUGGAGCUCUCUUUGCUAUUGGAAAUGACAGUAAGGAGGUUAAAGUCUACGGCACAUCUACUGCUGAACAAAUGACUGUUCUUGAACCUUUCUACACAAAUGUCAUCAAAGUAAAGUUUGCUCCGAACGGGUACUGGUUGCUAGUAGGUUCCACAGAUGGAGAAAAGAGCCGUCUUGAUGUGUUUGAUUUAAGAAAGUCGACCCUCGUCCAUAAUAUUACCUUUGAGGAGCCUUUGCGUGAUUUCGUCAUAGACCCUUCUUCCAGUAUUGUAGUUAGCUUAGGAGGCUCAAACACCAUCGCAUUACAUAAAUACAUCAAGAAGGGCAAACAAUGGAAAAACAACUACAGCAUGGAGAGUUUUACAAAUUUAUCUACUUUGCAGGCAAUUCAUUUGUUGACUAAUGUCAACGACGAAAGUUUCAAGAACGAAAACGAGAUUAGGUUCGUUGGAGUUGCCGAAGACUCAACCGUGCAAGAAUUCAACUUAAGCUACGGGUAG